CUUACUACCAAACGGCAUAAUAUCGUCUAAAACCCAUGGACAGCUGAAUAUGCUAACUUGAAAACCGUUAAACCCUAGCUGCUGCUUUUUCUUCCUCGUCGCUUGGCGCUCUUCUUUUCUGGGGCUCCGUUUUCUCCUUAACCUUGCAGAAUAAAAAGCGUGAGAGGAAACGAAAAUGAAUAUGAACGAAGAAAAUGGCGAAGGGAGCGCGAGGAGGAUCCAAGUGCGGUUCGUGACGAAGUUGAAUGCGCCGUUCAUAGUUCCGUCCACCGCCAUCGCAAUCCCUGCAGACCUCACUCGAUUCGGCCUAUCAUCUCUCGUCAACGCACUCAUUCAAUCCAACGAUUCUGAUUAUCAGCCUGAGCCUUUUGAUUUUUUGAUCGAUGGCGAGUUCGUGCGGAUGUCGCUCGAACAGUUUCUUCUGGCUAAGGGAAUCUCUGCGGAAAGGAUAUUGGAAAUUGAGUACACAAGGGCGGUGGCCCCACGGAAGGAGGAAGACCCGUCUUUACAUGAUGACUGGGUCAGUGCUGUUGAUGGUUCUUCUUCUCGGUUCUUUUUGACAGGAUGUUAUGAUGGUUUAGGGAGGGUAUGGAAAGGUGCUGGAUUAUGCACUCAUAUAUUGGAGGGACAUAGUGACGCAAUCACUUCUGUCAGUAUCAUCAAUCCAGAAGGUCUGGAAACUGUUACGGUGGCUACUGCUUCAAAAGACCGGACAUUGAGGCUAUGGAAGCUCAAUACAGAAGAGCCUGUAAGCCAGCCUAUGAGGGUCAGGGCUUACAAAAUCUUGCGUGGUCAUAAGUCUGCUGUACAGAGUGUUGCAGUGCAGACUUCUGGAGAAAUGGUUUGUUCUGCUUCUUGGGAUUGCACCAUCAAUCUAUGGCAAACUAAUGACUUUAAUGGAGAAGAUGACCUGGUUUCUAAGAAGAGAAAAAUUGGAGGUCAAGUUGAGGAGUCUCAAUUGGAGGGAGAGGCUUUCACUACACUUGUUGGCCAUACACAGUGUGUAUCUUCUGUGGUUUGGCCACAACGGGAGUCAAUAUUUUCUGCAUCAUGGGAUCAUUCUAUUAGGAAAUGGGAUGUUGAGACUGGCAAAAACUUGACAGAUAUAUUCUGUGGGAAAGCUCUCAACUGCCUGGAUAUUGGUGGGGAAGGUUCUGUUCUGAUAGCUGCUGGUGGUUCUGACCCUGUCAUUAGGAUUUGGGAUCCUCGUAAGCCAGGCACUUCUGCUCCUGUUUUUCAGUUUGGUUCUCAUACGUCUUGGGUUUCAGCCUGCAAAUGGCAUGACCAAUCUUGGUUUCAUUUACUUUCUGCAUCCUAUGAUGGGAAAGUUAUGUUGUGGGAUCUGAGAACUGCGUGGCCACUUUCUGUCAUUGAAUCACACAGUGAUAAGGUAUUGUCUGCUGAUUGGUGGAAAAGUGACAGUGUUAUCAGUGGUGGAGCAGACUCCAAACUUUGUAUUUCUUCAGAAAUCCCUGUAAAGUAAGGUAAACUUAAAUCAUAUUAGGACAAUUAUUUUUUGAGGCGGUGGGAUAUUGGCAGAUAUUUCUUGUGGGGAACGAGUCAAGUUUUGGCCAAUUUUGUCUUAGGCUAGUCACAACUGUCAAGUAUAUCAUCAGUUGUUGUGAACAAAGUUUUAUUUGUGUCUUGCUAAUGGCUAUUGAUGUAAACACUAAAUUAUUCAUAUAAUUUUGUACGACAAAUCUUCUAGCAUUUUACUUAUUUGUGCUCUAUAGUUUUUAUCUCAUUGGGUUAUUUCUGUAAACACAACUGUCAAGUGUUUAUCAGUUGUUGUGGACAAGGUCUCGUUUAUGUCUUGCUAACGGCUAUUGAUGCAAACACUAGAAGUUAUUCAUAUCAUUUUGUA